UGUUGCAGGCGGUGGAGAGGAUAAACGCGGCCGUCAGAGCGGGUGUGCCCGAGAACACGGCAGCAGAGCUGAUGAACCCUGAUGCCCAGCUGCCAGAGGUCUACCCCAGCGCUGCCGACCUCUAUCAGAGAGAGCUGACCAGCCUGCAGCAGCAGAGCCCGGAUGGUUCUCUGUCCCAUCCGGAGCUGCUGGUUGCCGUGGAGAUGUUGUCGUCGGUGGUGUUGAUAAAUAGGGCGUUGGACGUGGGCGACCGGAAUUCCAUGUGGAGACAACUGGCCAGCGCCGUUACUGGACUCAGUAACGUAGAGGACGAAUACGCACAGAG